CACAAUCCGACGCUCGACUAAAGGAACAAACUAUGCCGACGUACGAAGCGGCGGCGAUUAGUGAGACAUACGGCGCGCCCGGCUCGUCGAACGACGGCGCUCGCAGUUGGCAACAAACGGAGGAACGUGAAGGGCGAAAAGCGGCGGCAUGCGGCUGGUGUACCGUGAAGCAGGCCGCUGUGCUGUUUGCUGUGGGUGUGAUUUCGUUCUCGUACCGUGAAAGUGCACCGAAAGGGCCGUCUGCGUUGCUGGGAUUGUCCGCGCACUCGAUCCAGGGUGAAUUUGAUCUCCCUGAUCACUUGGACGAAUUCGUUGACGAGAUGGAAUUCGGUCCAGAAGUCCACGCGUUGCUCGGGAGUGCGGGUCCUGGGGAGGUGAUCCCAGGUGCCGAACCCAGGUUGAAUGCGGCAGGAGCCGAGGAUGGCAUGUUCAUAUCGACCAAGGGCGGAAGAAACGCGACGCUAUUACGAAUUAAGAUGCUUAAACAACAUUUGCGCAGGCGUGACGAUGAAAAUCUUGCUAAUGAUGAGCAUUCGAACUUCGUUUGGCAGGCCACGGUGGAUGAGGGUGCGACGCAACCGGCGCCAGUGAACGUCUCAGCAUAUAUGCAAAAACUGCACGAAGAGAUUGAGCAAGACAAGGCAUUAUUGGAGGUACACGAAGCGAUGCUAUCUGCUCGGUUGGGCGGAAAAUGGGACAGCUUUAGUGAUGGUGUAAGUGCUGCGUCGAAUGCGAAGGGUGCUGUCGUUGCGAACGCCAUCACCGUCGAGUUCUGUUGGAAAAACUCAUACGGCCGCGAUGUGGGCAAAGUCCCGUCUCAUUGCCCUUCCAAUAAAGAAACAAUUGCAGGGGGCGUCUUGUGCUAUACCAAAUGCCACCACCUCGGUAAUUAUGCCAGAUUUGGCUACGACUGCCAUCAACGCUGCGGCUCGGGCUGGAAUGAUCAUGGUCUUUUUUGUAACAGAGGUAACCGCGGUCGUGGUGUUGGUACCGUCCAGUGUGGCUGGGAGUACUGGUCAUCAUCAUCAUCCACCCUUGGCGAACAUGCGGCCAACGGUCGACGCCUUUUGGGGAACGCGAGGACAAGACUCGUAUGCGGCGGAAGGCACUGUAGCAGAAAAGGAAGACAAGACUGUCUUGGACUUUGUUAUCCUCCUUGCCCUAGCAGUCAUCCGAACCGGAUUGGCUGCAACUUGUGCGGCGUUUCUUGCACCGGCAAUGGGUACGCACAUGGAAUUGCGCCGAGUUGCCCGAAAAAGAUAUACUGCUCACACGGCUUUGAAGCAGCCACGUGUCCUCCUGGUUUGGAGUACGACGCUGGUUUGUGUUACAAGAAAUGUCGCAGUGGUUACAAUGGCGUCGGUCCAGUUUGCUGGGGCCAACCUCCAACAGUGAGCGGUGAGAAGUGGGUGAACUGCGGUAUGGGUGCCGCAAAAGAUGACGCCGCUUGUGGCUCCGCGGUAACUAAUAUGAUUCUCGGGCCGUUGGAAAUUAUUGCAUUUGUAGCGACCGCUGGGAGUAGUGGAGCUGCGACAACUGGGGCCAAGGCUGCAGCCCGUGCCGGUGCUAACGUUGCCGAAGCUGGGAGUAAGCUUGCUGCUUUGAAAAAGGCGGCAAAUAGUCUCGACCAAGGUAUGGAGGCGGUUGGUAAGACUACCGGCUAUUUUUCUGCGAUGAAAAACGUAAACAGCGCGGAAUCAGAGACGGAUGCGGUCCGCGCGGCAGCUGAGCUCGCAUCAGUCUUUGAUCCGUCCGGGGUCAGCAGUACCGUCGCCGCAUACGCUUUCGACAAGUGCGACAAGAUCCACAACAAAGCGGACUAGCUGGGUCGUGUACGUACAAGUACAACAAGCACCCGCGAAGGUCAGCGUAUAAUCGAGACAAGAUCGUCGAUAUAAAAGAAGUCAUUUUAAAUAACAAAAAAUCCCAAUUUUGCUUAUCUCACUCCACUCACUUUCGCGCGAACGUCUCCUUGUCAAACACGGACUGAUCAGUGCAAAGACAAUUGCUGCUGUUGACCUCGCGCGGGUGGACUGAGCACCCCAUCCAAUCAAUUAUGUAUUAAUACCCUUAUAAAUGUUAAUAUAUGUACGCAUGAGGCAUAUAUAGGUCGCAUGAGCCACGCCAUCCUCAAAGCGCGGGAUUUGGCCGAAACAUGGGACAAUAUAUGGGGCUUUGGGCGCGGUUUUAACCGCCCAAAGUGCUAUAUAGCCCAACCGAAGUUAGGGUUUAAGGUUUAGACCUGUUUUUCUGUCGCGAGGAUUCAUCUUUCGCGACGACAGAUGAAAAUUAAUUUAGAUAAAACUGAUUAAAGUUUGACUAAACCCUAGGGUGAUUGUACUAGGGUUUGGAUAUGUCUAAAUAUAUGUUAUAUUUAGAACAACGGAAGAACUCGUAACCAGAAACCAACGAAACGAGCACACGAAAGUGACU